ACCGACGCUACCUUUCCGGUUUCCCCUCCGCGGUGCAGGUCACUCCCUCCCUCCGCUCUGUCAGCAGCCCUGCGCGGUUCAAACUUCCACUCACUCCUCCUCCUGCCUCCGUCUGUCCUGUCCUGUCUCCGGUAUCUUGACUUUUGUUUUUUUAAAGUUAAACACGGUAAAUAAAUCGGGUAAAUAAGGUUGUUUUUUUUAGCAGCGUUUGGUUUACAGGAGCGUGCGAAGCGGGAGGAGUCGCCGUGGUUUCCCCGCUUCCAGCUGAGGAGUCGCGGGGGGAAAUGUCCAGCUGAGAGCCGGAGAAAGCGCAGGGCCUGUGUUUGUAAUGAUUGAUCAGAGCUCGGACAAUGGCGCUAAAGGCACAGGUUUUAUAUGACUUCUCCGCUGAGCCUGGAAACAACGAACUGUCAGUGAAAGAAGGAGAGACGGUCACUAUCACCAAUCAGCAUAUCGGAGGCGGUUGGAUUGAAGCACAGAACUCCAAAGGGGAGGUGGGACUGGUGCCAGAGGACUACAUCGAGUUUGGUAAGCCUUUUCCAGGAGCAGGAACCGCUGCACCUACUCCAAGUGUAGGAAAUGUUGCAUCCCCGGACCUGACCUUCUUUGAUGCCUAUGCUCCCGCAUCAACACCUGCACAAAACCAGGUGGAUGCUGGGGGCUUGAGUCCCCAGCCGGACACCCCUGACACCCCAGUUUCCCCUUAUCUCUCGUCCCCUGAUGAGGCGAGUAACGGUAAUGAUCCGUGGUCGGUGUGGAACACAGACCCCUCAGGGGGCUCCAACAACAACUGGGCGUCAAAUCCGGAGGGCACCCAGACUGGGAAGAAUGCUGCUGACCCCUGGAGCUCCGUAUCACAGGGUCACCCUCAGGCUUACCAGGGCCCCGGAGCUGAGGAUGAUGAGUGGGAUGACGAGUGGGAUGACGUGAAGUCCAGCGGAGGAUACUCAGAGUCAGACCCUGGAGACGGUGGAGCGAUGCAGAGAGGUGGAGCUCAUGCAACUUCAAUGAAAAUCUCCCUCAACAAGUUCCCAGGGUUCUCCAAGUCUGGGCCGGAGCUCUACCUUCUGUGCAAACAGCUCGCUAAGGGCAAAGAAAAACUCUCAAUCUAUAUAGGAGAAGUUGGUCCUGUGUGGUCUUACCCAGAGUCUCAGCUGGACUGUGUUGUGGCUGAUCCCAAGAAAGGCUCAAAGCUGUACGGCCUGAAGAGCUACAUCGAGUACCAAAUCACAGCCAGUACCACAAACCGACCAGUCAAUCACAGAUACAAGCACUUUGAUUGGCUGUAUGAGCGGCUCCUCGACAAAUUUGGGUCCGCCAUCCCUAUCCCCUCUUUACCAGACAAGCAGGUGACAGGUCGUUUUGAGGAGGAGUUUAUUAAGAUGCGUAUGGAGCGGUUGCAGGGCUGGAUGACCAGGAUGUGCAGACAUCCGAUUGUUUCCAGCAGUGAAGUUUUCCAGCUCUUCCUCACAUACAAGGAUGAGAAGGAAUGGAAAACAGGGAAGAGAAAAGCAGAGAAGGAUGAGACGGUGGGAGUGAUGAUCUUCUCCACAAUAGAGCCUGAAGCUGCAGACCUGGAUCCUGUAGAAGUGGAGCAGAAGUGCGAACAGUUCAGCAGGUUUACCAAAGCCAUGGAUGACGGAGUGAAGGAAAUCCUCACAGUGGGAAACGAGCACUGGAAGAGAUGCACAGGCCCUCUGCCAAAAGAGUACCAGAGAAUCGGGAAAGCCUUUCAAAACCUCUCCUCAGUUUUCACCAGCAGUGGAUACCAAGGUGAGUCAACCCUGACUGACGCCAUGACAGCAGCAGGGAAGACGUACGAGGAGAUCGCUCAGUUGGUUGCAGAGCAGCCGAGGAAAGACCUCCACUUCCUCAUGGAGACCAACAAUGAAUACAAGGGUCUUCUUGGAUGUUUCCCAGACACCAUUGGAGUCCAUAAGGCUGCCAUAGACAAGGUGAAGGAGGGCGACAAGCUGGUGGCCACCAGUAAAAUUAGUCCUCUGGAAAAAGUGACCAUGGCGAAACGAGUCAGCACCAUGUCUUACGCUUUACAAGCUGAGAUGAACCACUUCCAUAGCAACCGAAUCUAUGACUACAACAGGGUCAUGCAGUUGUACCUGGAGGAGCAAGUCAAGUUUUACGAGACGAUUGCUGCAAAGCUGAGACAAGCACACAGUCAGUUCACUACGAUGUGAAAGCCUUCAGCGUCGCACUACAAGACAAGAAGAGUGAACCCCAGCUCGACAUCUGAAAUAUAUUUGCUUAUUCUGCAUUCAUUUCCCUCUCUCCUUUUAAUUUAAACACCACUUCUCUCUUUUUGUUUUGCUCUCACCUCAUCGCCUCCGUUUGUACAGACCCAGCUCACCGUGUUACAUUUGUCAGCUCAGAAGUUUCUGAACAGUUUAAGAACAUGUGCAACAGCCGAAAAGGCUUUGGCACUUGUGUGCUUUCAUUUUUUGUGGAUCAGAAAAGAGAGCAGAAUGAGAAACACUAUUUACACACAUCCUUUCCUCUGUCCAAGGUCCAGAGCUUGUGAUACAGGAAGCAAACAACCGAGCUACAGUUUGUGACCAUGAAUUUCUUCAUUGCACGAGUCACACCCUCAAGUUUUUCUUCAUUAGAUUCAACUUUGCUUAUGUUAUUUUAAAUCCAUACUCAGUUGAUGCACCAGAUGCAAGCAAAUAUGCACAUUUAGCAAAACUGUUAUCUGCACGAUUAUCUGGGGAUGUAUUAAAAGUAAAAACCAAAGCCUUUCUCCCUCCUGUCACCGGGGGGGGGGCUAGGGAGAUGCGUUUUUUAAGGUCGGCUUGACGGCAUAUCACAGCUUUAUUGCCCUUUCCUUCAAUACGUUUAUGCAAGCGUCGCCUAACGUUGUCAGUAGAAGCGGUGGAUCGUUUUUUAAAAGUCUUGGAAGAGUUGGCGAAGGCGGAGUGUGUCUCCUCUGUGUCCACUGCCGGCAGUGCCAAAUUCUCUCAACCUGCACUUCCUCAAAAAAGCUAACAGGAAGCUCCACCUCCUUCCUGUCUUGCUCACGUGCCUUACCCCCUUUGAAGAAGACAGAAUAAGCUUGAAUUGAUAAGCCCCCCCCCCCCUGUCGACUAUGAUACUGCAGUUUACAAUUCAUGAAAGAAGACAAAACGUGAUAAAUUGACUCUCAGGUUGGGGUUCACUAUUUUAAGCAUUUUACAUUCAAACCAAACAUCGGUGAAUAGACACCUUGUGUGUGGAUGGUGUUAGACAUGAUUGUUUUCUCCCAGUUCUGAUAUGAAGAAUAUUUGUUUUGCUUUUGACCAGAAAAUGAAGUUUUAUAAAUGGGUUGUGUCAUGUAUGCAAUUUUUCUCUUUCGUUUUUCACCGCCCAAUUUUCAAUCAGUCUCUAAUCUUGUUCACUCUUUGUUUUCUUAUCACUUCACACAUGAUAAAUAUACAUAUAUAUAAAUAUAUAUAUAUAUUCUGUUGGACCUAUAAGGUGCUUCUUGUUAUUGAGAUACGAUUUUAUGUAUAGAAGUAUUUUCAAUACAGUGCAACUCAGAGAGGAGCAGAAAUUCUGUUUGAUUUAUUAAACAAUGAUUUGUAUUCAUUG